CCGAUCCACAUAACCACUGUUUUUGUUUUUGGGGAAAAACAUGAUCACUUUCUCAUAAAGGGACCGCUGCUCUCCCCCGACUUAGCAGCCAUACAUGAUCGCUCCGCAAUGCUUUGUGUUAUGCAUUGGAGAGAAGCUCUCUUUUAUUUUUGGGAGGCCUUGCUUCGCCUCCAAGGAUAGAAUGUCGCUCAAGGAGAAGUUUUCGGAUCGGUGGAAGCCCUUUGAGCGCUCGCUCCAGUUCUGGGUGCGGGCUGUGGACAUCUAUGUCGGCUAUAAGGUUUGCCAACUCCGAACAAGGUUAGUCAGGGAUGCCGGCGAGCAAGAGGCCAUGUGGGAGCGGCAACACGUGCUCGCCGCUGAGAAGAUGUACUUACUCUGUUCCGAGCUUGGUGGCUUCUUCCUCAAGGCCGCACAAAUCUUUGGUAAACCAGAUUUGGCCCCAGCUGCAUGGGUGAGAAGACUUGUUACUUUGUGUGACAGAGCUCCUGAAACACCAUUUAAAGUAGUUCAGCAAGUGGUUGAGGAGGAAUUAGGAAAAAAAUUUGAUGAAGUCUUUGAACGAUUUGAUGUUGAACCAGUUGGAUCUGCUUCAAUUGCACAGGUACAUCGCGCAAGAUUAAGAAAUGCAAAUACUGAUGUUGCGGUCAAGGUUCAGCAUCCUGGUGGUGAGCUUCUGAUGAUGAUAGAUAUCCAUAACUUGCAAGCUUUUGCUAAAUUCUUGCAAAAGGAGAUCAAUUUUGAUCUAUUUUCUCUUACGAAGGAAGUCGAAAAGCAGAUUCGGUAUGAAUUUGAUUUUCGGCGGGAGGCAGAGGCCAUGGAAAGAAUCAGAAUUUUUUUUCGCACUAACAACAGAGCUGCACCUGUUCUUGUGCCGCGCGUUAUUAAUGGCAUGGUAACCAGGAAGGUCUUAGUGAUGGAGUUUAUCAAUGGAAUUCCUAUUAUGAAUCUUGGAGAUGCGAUUGCUCAAAGAGGUAUAGAUCCUUGUGGUAAGCUCGCCACGGCAGCAAAACAGAAGAUUUUGGAAAAUCUAACACUUGCUUAUGGUCAAAUGAUAUUGAAGAGCGGAUUUUUCCAUGCAGAUCCACAUCCAGGAAAUAUUCUUAUCUGCAAGGAUUCAAAGGUUGCGUUACUUGACUAUGGACAAGUUAAACAACUUCCAGAUUGCCUAAGAUUAGGUUUUGCCAACCUUGUUGUUGCAAUUGCAGAAAAGAACCCUUCAAAGGCAGCCCAGAGUUACAGGGAACUUGGCAUAGAAACUUUAAAUUCAGAUAAUGAUGAAGAAGAAUUACUUCAAUUGGCCAUGAAAAUGUUUGAUACUAAACUUCCCGGUGGAAUAACAACACUAUCACCAUUUUCAGAGGAAUCUUCCCUAAAGAAGAUUUCUGUCCAGAGCUUCCCUGAAGAGCUAUUUAGUGUCCUAAGAACAAUGCAACUGUUAAGAGGAUUAAGUGUUGGAAUGGGCAUUAGCUGCUCCUGCGCCGAGCAGUGGAGACCCCUUGCUCAAGAAGCUUUGUACCGGGCCGGAAGGCUGAAAGAUGGCAGCUUCAAGUCACAGCAGAGAAGUGGUUUCCUUCAAAGAGUAUUUCGGAGAGGGAGGAUGUUCGAUCAACAGCAAUAGUUGAUCUGAUUUUGUUCUAAUUUAGGGUUUUACUAACGAGUGUGUUGUGGCUUUUAGUUACUAAAAGCGAAUUUUUCCAACAUCCAAAGAAUAAUAUAGAAAAAGAUGGCAUGUAAUCCUUCAGCACCCACAAGUUUGUAAUUUUGUCUUUUUUUUAUUAUUUAUUUAUUGUUUGUUUAAAAACAGAUGUACAUUUACAUAUUUUUAAUAUGAUUGGUUGAAAACAUUAUUUUGAGUUA